UUAUUUCCCCACCGUGCUGGCUGGCUUCCUGCUCCACUUCUCUUUUCCUGUUUCACUCGGAUUUGAAGCGCUGCGCUCGCUGGUAAUGUCGAGCAAAAUAUGCUUCACAUCAGACUGGUGUUCUUUUUGGUUCUAACUCUGACCAUUGCUGGCGCCCAACUGACCAAAAAUGGAUUGCUGUUGAAUCGGAACUACAACGCGCAGGAGUUUUACUGCGUGGCGCAAUGCUUGGGUCUGGUGACGCCGACCAAGCCGCCGAAAAAGGUCAUAGAAAGCAGCCUGUCCACCACCACCCAGACGCCCAAAAACGCCAAAAUUGUGGUAGCGCCGCGGUCUGCGUCAAUCAGCAGAUCGAGACACAUCAGACCACGAAUUCUCAGUGGAAAACCUGAUAAUUGCUCCGCUCUGAGUUUCGUCAACAUGGACGAUUGCUGCUCGAAAACGCCGAGGAAUUACAUGUUCUCCACGGCGGAUUUGGAGCAGUGCUACGGAUCCAAAGCGAAAAACAUUCCGCUCUCGUUUUUGGAGAUUUUAGACGACUAUGUUUUGAAUCAGGUGCAAGGCAGCUUUCAAGGCCCCGGAAGCAUUGACCUCAAUUUACCCUCUACAAAAAAACGUUUCGGAAACGCAAUACAGUGUUUUGCUGAGUGCUUGUUGAAGAGGAAAGGAUUGAAUUUGGACAGGAGAGGAAAGGUUGACUAUGCCAGAUUUGGAAAUGAAAUCACCAAAAAUGUCGCUAAGGAAUGGAAGCAGAUUAUUAUCACAGCAGUAAAUGACUGCGCCACUGCUAUUCCUGUCGUGCAUCCGAAUAAAAAAGUGCAAUCUGACAAAGGUGGAAAGAGAGCGCGUGGAGGGUAUAGAAAAGACUCGUGCUACACCCAGCCCUUUUUACUCUUGCAGUGCGUGAAAAAAUCGGUCUUACUAAGUUGUCCAGCACCUAACCAGGCUGUGAAAUCAACCUACUGUGAUCUGAGUCGUGACAACCUGCGCUAUUGUGAUCCUUUCCGAUAUUGAAAAAAUUCUAUGAAAGUUGUAACAUGUAUAUUGUUAACUGCUUCUGGUUUGUAAGAUAUAC